AUAGUCUUGUUAAAUGAGCAAUGAUAUUGGUUUCCAUUUGUAAGAUUUGUAUAAAUAUACAGUAGCACAGCAGGUAAAACGACUACAACCCAUCGCCGGUUAUCAAUUGUUUUGUUAUGUUUAUCAAUCAUGUUACUUAAAUUUCGAUAAGAAAAUAACGGGACGUCUAUACGAUUGCUAACAAAUCCACUUUGAUUUCCUUUUUUCUUAUGGCUAUACAACAGUAUAGAGCGGUCAGGAGUCAGUACCAACAUAUACGGAGUUGUCGUCAUGACGUGUCAGCCGAAAUUGCUGGACUAUCAAGUCGGUGUCUUGAGUGCUAUUUAUUCACUCAAUAGCUCCCGUCUAUUAAGUUAUUAGUUCAAAACAAAUACUUAUUAUGUGGUUGUUUUUUACGAAUUAUAGUUUUUUUUAAAAUUAAAGUAUUAAUCCUACGUUUCAAGUACUAUCAUAAUUUAUUCAACAAAUUACUUAUAUUAUUUAUCAAUAUUUGUAUAUAAUGAAUGAAUAAUAUGUACGUUAAUUUUUAUAAUAUAUUAUGAAUUUGCCAUUGAUCCUUGUCUAAACUACUAAAAAUGAUGACUAUUUUGAAUGAAGGCCGACCGUCAAAGAUGAAAAAUAGAAUAAAGCAGCCGUCCAAACAUACAAAUAAGACUGAAAAACAGAAUAGCAAAGCUGAAAAAAAUGAUUUAAAUAUAAAACGACUUUCAGACAAUGAACAAAAAGAUCUAAUCAUAAAGCAGCAAAUUGAUGAUGAGCUGUUUAGUAAAAUAAAAUAUAAUGAUAAGUACAAACAAAUUAUCUGUAAAGAAAAAUCAAACGACGAACAAAAACAAGAUAUUUUUAAUAACUUCAAGAUAAGCAUAGAGAUAAAUAUUUUAGCUGUAGUGUUAUUCCUAUCGGCAGUAUCUUCUAGGUUUUUCAAACUUAAUCAACCAAGAAAUGUUGUGUUUGAUGAAUUACACCAUGGAAAGUAUGUAAGUUUGUAUAUGAAAAGAACAUUCUUCUUUGAUACACACCCUCCCCUAGGCAAGCAACUUAUAUCUGCUGCUGCAUACUUUUGUAACUAUGAAGGUGACUAUAAGUUUGAAAGAAUUGGAAGUGAAUUCAGUGAAAAUGUUCCUUUAUUUGGAUUACGUUUUGUACCUGCAUUGUGUGGUAGUUUAAUAAUUCCUGUUGCUUAUCAGCUAAUGUUGGAAUUGGGUUGUCGACAUUGGUGUGCAGCUUUGGCUGCAUUUCUGUUACUUUGUGAAAAUACAUUGUUGACACAAUCUAGAUUUAUUUUAAUGGAAUCUAUGCUGAUUUUUUUCACUUUAUGUGGUUUAUUGUUUGUUUUAAAAUACAAAAGAUCCAAUAUGAAAUCUUCUACAGCUUUACUGUUCCUAGCAUGCGCUUCAAUCUUUUUGACUGCGGCUACAUGUGUGAAAUAUGUUGGGCUCUUUUCUUGGUUUUUAAGUUUUUGGAUAAUUUGCCGUGACUAUUGGGUGAACCAUUUGAGUGAUAAACGUUUAUCAGAUUUCACAGUAGCUGCAUGUGCUAUUUUAAGAGUUUUAAUUACCAUUACUAUUUCUGUGAUGGUGUAUGUAUCUGUGUUUUUUGUUCAUCUAAUGAUUUUAAACAAAGCUGGUCCACAUGAUAGUGUUAUGACUAGUGCAUUUCAAGCUAGUCUAGAGGGUGGUCUGGCAUCUAUCACUAAAGGACAACCUUUGAAUGUUGCUCACGGAUCCCAAAUCACACUGCGACACACUCAUGGACGUACAUGUUGGCUUCAUUCCCACACCCAUGUGUAUCCAAUAAAAUAUGCAGAUAAACGAGGUAGUUCCCAUCAACAACAAGUCACUUGCUAUACAUUCAAGGAUGUUAACAAUUGGUGGAUUGUCAAAAGACCUGGAAAGAAUUCUUUAGCUGUAGAAAAUACCAAAGAACCAGAUGGUAUACAACAUGGUGAUUUCAUUCAGUUAGUUCAUGGUAUGACUAGUCGUGCUUUAAAUUCUCAUGAUGUAGCAGCACCUGUAUCUCCUCAAAACCAGGAAGUAUCUUGUUAUAUAGACUAUAAUGUAUCUAUGCCAGCUCAAAAUCUAUGGAAAGUGGAAAUUUUGAAUCGUGAACAGUUUGGAAAUACUUGGCAAGCCAUAAAUUCUAGGGUAAUGUUGAUUCAUUUUAACACCUCUCAAGCUUUAAAAUUCAGUGGUAGACAGUUGCCAGAUUGGGGAUUCAAUCAACAUGAAAUUGUUACUGAUAAAGUUUUGCAUCAAGAUGAUACAGUAUGGAAUGUUGAAGAACAUCGUUAUACUAAAAGUGAAAAUGAAAAAGAUCGUGAACGUGAACUAGUGAAUGCUGAAAUGAUUCCAACCAAAGGAACAAAAUUGAGUUUAUGGGAAAGGUUUUGGGAAUUGCAAUAUAAAAUUAUCUUUUCAUCUCCAGCCACACAAAAUAUCCAUUCACACAUGUACAGCAGUGAUCCCUUGGAAUGGCCUUUAAUGGUUCGUGGUGUUGCCUAUUGGUUGAGUGAAAAUGAUAAUGGCCAAAUACAUCUUUUAGGUAAUAUUGUCAUCUGGUAUUCAUCCACUCUGUGUGUUUUAUUUUAUUCAUUCUUUUUCAUAUUCUACUUACUACGACAGAGAAGAAAAAUUUAUGACUUGUCUGAAGACGAAUGGGAGCAGUUCAAAUAUAUAGGAGAAGUUUUGAUGGUUGGUUAUAUUAUGCAUUACCUACCAUAUUUUUUUAUGGACCGUACUUUAUUUCUUCAUCAUUAUUUGCCUGCUCUUGUGUUUAAAAUAUUACUAUGUGCAGCUUUUAUGCAACAUCUUGCCAAUAUUGUCAGAUCUAACAUGACUUUGAGGUUUGCAUUUCAUUUAAGUCUCUGCAUGUGGAUCUUGUGUGUCAUGUAUGUUUUCAAAAAAUUCAUUGUCUUCAGUUAUGGGACCAGUCCAUUGACAGCUAAAGAUGUUUUUAAACUAAGAUGGAAAGAAACAUGGGAUUUCAUUGUUCAUAAACCUUAAAUAAUUAGAGAAUUUAGUAUUACCUAUAAAAUCGAUCUGAUAUUAUAAAAAUGUAACAUAUCAUGACACAUACUAAGAUACAUAAUAGUACUUACAUUACAUAUAGUUUAUUAAAAUAUUUCUACUUAUUGCAAUAUUACUUAAGAUCAACUUACUUAUUAAAAAUGUAUUAUAUUACUAUUAUGAUCCUAUCAAUUUCCUUUUUUUUUUAAUGUUUUGUUUUUCUCUAAAACUAAAACUAAUAUACUGUCUAAGAAACAUUAAACUUUAUCAUUUAGUUUUAUCUACAUUAUUUUGUAUUUUAUUUUUUGCCAUUAAGAAGUUUUAUAUCAAUAUAACAUGCAAUUGUUUUAUAUUAUUUUUUUCAAUAGUGUAGCAAUUUACUCAAAUUCUUUGUGUAAUUAAAAAACAAUUAAUAACGUAUAUUUUGUAUUAUACAAUUAAUUGUAAAAUAUAAAUAAAGAAAAAAGGAAAUGCUUUAUAAUAAUUUUAUACAGAAUUUACAUUUUUUUUUUUUUUUGAAACAUAAAGAAGUUUUGUUAAAUUUAAAAUAAAUCUCAGUGUCUUCUUAAUUCUUCAUUUUUACUGCCUUAGUUACCUCACAAAUAUCAAUUGAUCAAAUUUUAUUUAAAGUACAUUAUUAAUGAUUAUAAUUUUUUUUAUUCACAGUUAAAAAAACUUAAAUGUUCAAUAAUGAACAUGUUAAAACUAUAAUUUCUAACGUGAUAAUAUUUUAAUGACUUAACAUUUUUAUCAGUAUUAUACUAAGUCUUGAUUAUUAGUUAUUAAUUAUAAAAUUUUACUUAAACUAAAUUUAUUUUGUUAUAAAUUUUGUUAUUUACUUCAUAAUGUUAAGUAAUUUACAAAAACUGUAUUUAGUAUAAAAUACUAUUAAUUUUUAUAUAUUUUAUUCAGAAUUUAAUUUUUUUUUAAUAUUAUGUAAGUUCUGAACUAGUGUUACAAUUUUUUUACUGUUGUGAUUUUUAUGAAUUUUGAUUUUUACAAAAAUAUUGUUUGUCAAUAUAUAAAUGUUGUGUCAGUUGACUCUAAGAUAAAUAAUUUAGAUUAUGAAAUCAAUACUUUUAUAUAAUUUUAAUUAAAUACACAAAAACAAAGAUCUAAAAUUUGUAAAUUAUAAUUUUAUUUAUGUCAUUAAUAUUGACUUCAUGAUCUGGUAUAUUUUGUAUUGUAAUCGUAGAAAUAUUAUUUAAUGUAAUUAUAUAUUAAUGAUUGUUUCAGCAAUAUUUAUCAUACGAACAAUUAAUUAUUACCUCAUGUGCAAUUUUUAUUUUACUUUAUAUUUUAAAAUUAUACAGAAAUCGUUUUUUAA